GGUUGCCGUACCCUGCCACAAUGUUGCCUCGACUGGUCUGCAUCAGUGAUUAUGAACAGCAUGCCCGAUCAGUACUUCAGAAGUCAGUAUAUGAUUAUUACAAGUCUGGGGCAAAUGAUCAGGAGACUUUGGCUGAUAAUAUCAGAGCAUUUUCUAGAUGGAAGCUCUAUCCACGGAUGCUUCGCAACGUUGCUGAUAUCGACCUGUCGACUUCUGUUUUAGGACAGAGAGUCAGCAUGCCAAUAUGUGUUGGGGCUACUGCCAUGCAGUGCAUGGCUCACGUGGAUGGGGAGCUGGCCACUGUCCGAGCCUGUCAGACCAUGGGAACUGGCAUGAUGCUGAGUUCCUGGGCCACCUCCUCAAUAGAAGAAGUGGCAGAGGCUGGCCCUGAGGCACUUCGCUGGAUGCAACUGUACAUCUACAAAGACCGUGAGGUCAGCAGGCAGCUAGUGAAGCGAGCUGAGAAGAUGGGUUACAAGGCCAUAUUUGUGACUGUGGACACCCCUUACCUGGGCAAUCGCUUUGAUGAUGUGCGGAACAGGUUUAAGCUGCCACCACAGCUCAGGAUGAAAAACUUUGAAACCAAUGAUUUGGCAUUUUCUCCUAAGGGGAAUUUUGGAGACAACAGUGGACUUGCUGAAUAUGUGACACAAGCCAUAGACCCAUCUCUCAGCUGGGAUGAUAUUAAGUGGCUCAGACGAUUGACAUCACUGCCUAUUGUUGCAAAGGGCAUUUUGAGAGGUGAUGAUGCCAGGGAAGCCGUUAAACAUGGUGUGGAUGGGAUCUUGGUGUCCAAUCAUGGGGCGCGACAACUGGAUGGGGUGCCAGCUACUAUUGAUGUCCUGCCAGAGAUUGUUGAGGCUGUGGAAGGGAAGGUAGAAGUCUUUCUGGAUGGGGGAGUAAGGAAAGGCACUGAUGUUCUCAAAGCUCUGGCCCUGGGAGCCAAGGCUGUUUUUGUGGGAAGACCCAUCAUCUGGGGUUUGGCUUUCCAGGGGGAGAAAGGUGUUCAAGAUGUCCUCGAGAUACUGAAGGAAGAAUUCCGGCUCGCCAUGGCUCUGAGUGGGUGCCAGAAUGUGAAAGUCAUUGACAAGACAUUGGUGAGGAAAAAUCCUUUGGCUGUUUCCAAGAUCUGACAGUGCACAAUAUUUUCCCAUCUGUAUUAUUUUUUUCCAGCGUGGAUUACUUGACAAAGAGACACUGUGCAGAGGGUGACCACAGACUGUAACUCCCCACUUCAAUACAAAGGGUGUCGUUCUUUUCCAACAAAAUAGCCACCCCUUCUCCUUCAUUGCUUUUGACUUUUCAAUGGGUGUCCUAGGAACCUUCUAGAAAGAAAUGGACUUGCAUCCUGGAAAUAUAUUAACUGUUAAAAAGAAAACAUUGAAAAUGUGUUUGGGAAACGUCAUCCUCUGGCAGGCUAAAGUGCUGGGGAACAAAAGAUAUCCUCUGGUGAGAUUGGAGGUAGCAUGCUGAAGUGAAAGAUACUGACCUCACUGUUUAUUAACCUGUCUUCUGUUUAGAUUGCCUCAAGACAGUGGCUCUUACAAUGUGCACUGGGCUUUGAAAUGCUGGAAAUGUCCAGAGAAACAUGAGGUUUGGAUUUGCCGUGUUGAGAAAGUACCAUUGGGUAGAAUUGAAAUGGAUGGUGGUAAUUUGUGAUUUUUCUAGAGACUUUUCAGUUUUUAACACCCUAUUUCUUUGAAGGUGGAUUUCUAGCUUUAUAUCGCAUGUCUGAAUAUGUCUGAAUGUUUUGUGGUAGUCACCGAUUUGAAAGGGAUGUGUCUAGACCACUUGGGACCAUACAGAGUUAUUUUUAUUUUUGAACUUUGUCUCCUCAUUCCCAUUUUAAAGUAAGUGUCGACUUCCUAAUUCCUCUUGAAUUGUUCUUGAUUUUUGCACUUCUCCUCAUAGUCACAUUGAGUGUCAAGUAUAUUUUUUGUGGGGGUCUGUGGUGAAUAAAGAUUUGAAAUUCUUUUUCAGAAGGAAGGCAAAAAAAUAAGCCUUUGCUUUUUAUCACA